CAUCCGCGCAGCUGCCUCUCGUGCCGCGCCCGCAAGAUCCGAUGCGACCGCGGCCAGCCGUGCGCCAGCUGCGAGCGCGCCGACGCCCCCUGCGUCUAUCCGCCCGGCCCAGGUCGGGCCCCUAAACAAGCCCGCAACGCCCGUCUGCUGGACCGCAUCUCCCGGCUCGAGACCAUCAUCCGCCGACUGGAAGAGGAGAACGUGCAGUGCGACCCUGCCUCCGGCCAUGGCUCCGGGUCCAGCGCGACUCCGCCGGUCGAGCAGCUAGGCCGGCUGGUCGUGAACGACACGCGCAGCUACUACAUCAGCAACGUCCUCUGGGCCCGCCUGGGCGACGAGGUCGAGGAGCUGCGCGAUGCGCUGGACGAGCCUACCUCGGAGCCCGAGGACAGCUGGACAGAGGAGCCAGCGAGCAGUUUCCACACCAUGCCCCGCGGGCUAGGGACCAACGCCGCCAUCAUGGGCUUCCGCUCGCUGGCCUCCUCGCUGACAGCCCUGCACCCAGCCCUAUCCGAGUCCGUCGCGCUGCUCGAGAUCUUCAAGCAGAAUGUCGCCCCGCUCGUGCGCAUCUUCCACAUGCCCACCCUCCUCCGCCUCUACUGGGACGCCGUGGCCGCCGUCGACACCGUCGAGAAGGAAACCGAGGCCCUGCUCUUCGCUAUCUACUACUCCGCCGUGAUCAGCAUGGAACCAGCCCAGUGCCUCGCCACGCUGGGAGUCGAGCGGUCCCUUGCCCUCCGCACCUACCGCUUCGCCGUCGAGCAGGCCCUCGCGCGCGCCAACCUGCUCAACACGCAGAACAUAACCCUCCUGCAAGCAACCGUGCUCUUCCUCACGGCACUGCGUAACGAAGACGACAGCCGCACCAUCUGGUCGCUCACGGCGCUCAUCUUCCACAUCGCCCAGGCUAUGGGGCUGCACCGCGACGGCGCCCCCUUCGGCCUACCCCCGCUCGAGACCGAGCUGCGCCGCCGCCUGUGGUGGUACAUCUGCCUGCUGGACAACCGAUCCUCCGAGUACCAUGGCUGCCAGCCCAUCGUGCAGGACGAGUCGACCUUCGACACCCGCAUGCCCCUCAACAUCAACGACGCCGACCUCUCCGCCGCCACCCGCCACCCCCCGCCCGAGCGCGCUGACGCUACCGAAAUGACCUUCUGUCUCAUUCGCUGCCACGCCAUGCUCGUCAUGUGGAAGAUCGGCUAUAUCCCUGCGACCUUGCCCAGCGCCGUCCCCAGCAGCAGCAGCAGCAGCAGCAGCAGCCGCAACCAAGCCCCCGCCCUGACCCUCGCCGACCGCGAAGCCCUAGCACAGGAGCUCCAGACCCGCCUGGAGACAGAGUACCUGCCGCACUACACAAACGCGAGCUCAAACGACCCGUUCCACGCCGUCGCAGCCGCCGUCACAAGGCUCAUUAUCGCCCGCACCUGGCUGGUCGUCUACUACCCGAGCCAAACGAACACGAACGAAGUCACUACCACCACCACCACCACCACCACUGCCGCUACCAACAACCCCGACCCAACCCGCACCCGCCUCUUCGACCUCUCGCUCUCCGUCCUCUCGCUGUCGAGCGCGCUCCUCGCGAACGCGGCCAUCCAGCAGUGGGCAUGGCACUACCAGACGCACUUUCAGUGGCACGCGACCGUCCUCGUGCUGUCGGAGAUCUGCCGGCGCCCGCCGUCGCCACAGUGCGACCGCGCCUGGGACUACGUCAACUCCGUGUAUGCGCGCUGGAGCGAGAAUAUGCGCGCCAGUGCCAGCGGCCAUUGGAGGAACGAGUCUGGGGCCCGCGGCGCCCUGUGGAGGCCCGUUAUGCGUCUUAUGGCCAAGGCGAGGUAUGUGCGUGAGAUUCAG